AUGAAAGCUGGAUUUGAAGGUGCACCACUUUCUUUAAUCAUUUCUAUUUCUACAUUCACACUAUCGCUUAUCUCUUAUUUUGGAUUUAUUGGGAAAGAUACAUUAAUAUUUAAUGAAGAAUGGUAUAAGCAUCCUUGGAGUAUUAUCACUAUUUAUACUUUUAGAACUCUUGAACGAAGAUGGUCAACACGAAUAUUCCUUCAACGACAUAUUCUUAUAAAUGUUGUAAGUCUCUUAUUAUCAGUAUUUAUUUUUCGCUUCACCCAUAAAUUUUAUUCAUUACAAACAAGUCAUACAGUGUUUAUUAUUUAUUACUAUUUAGAAGUAUUACCAUUAAUUAAAUUAAAAAUUUUUAUGUUAGAAACUUCAGAUAAUUUCUUUGUAUAUUUUUCAUAUGUUAUGAUGUUAUUUAAUAAUUUUAAAGAUGGGAUAUUUUUUACUUUAAUAGGAUUAAUUGUUGCACUUGUCUCUCUUUAUCCACCAAUUUAUUCAAUUUUUCCAUCACUUCCUGAUUCAAUUAGUUCUAUGGUUGAUUCUUUCUUUGAUUAUGUAGAUAAAAUUCAAACACCAUUUACAUUCAUUCAGAAUAAUAAACCUCAACGCCGUCAAAUAGAAGGUGAAUUUAUGCAAGCUAUGAGAGAAAAUAUAAACCCAAUUAAUGAACAACCUUCUCAACAAACUCGAGACCAAAAAAUACAAACAAUAAUGGAUUGUGGAUUUACUCGAGAACAAGCAACAUUUGCACUAAACAACACAAAUGGAAAUGUAGAAAAUGCAUUAACUUUCUUAUUAGAUAAUGGAAAUUAUUAA